CGGACCAACGCCUCCAUAAACACGCUUACAGCUGAUACUUGACCGUCGUUUCUGUCCCUCUGUUUCCUUCCUAUCCGCCGUUCAUCAUCAAUGCAGUAUGGUGGAGGCAGCUGCGCCCGGAAGUCGACACAGGCUCGUAGGACAGCCGUUGCUGUAUGCUAUCUCCGUAUUUGCUAGCUUGGGUGUGUUCUUGUUUGGAUAUGAUCAAGGUGUAAUGUCUGGGGUUAUCACCGGACCCCAUUUCCGUCAGUUCUUCAAUUCCCCGGACGCCCUUUCGCUAGGGACCAUGGUUGCAGUCCUUGAGAUUGGUGCAUUCAUCACUUCGCUUGCCGCUGGCAGGGUCGGGGAUAUCAUCGGUCGCAGGGGCACGUUAUUCAUCGGUGCACUCGUGUUUACAGUGGGUGGAGCUGUACAGACAUUCACCCUUGGCUUCAAAACCAUGGUCCUGGGACGAAUCAUAAGUGGGUUUGGCGUGGGUCUACUCUCGACCAUUGUGCCCAUCUAUCAGAGUGAGAUAUCUCCUCCGAAUCAUAGAGGGGCCCUCGCUUGCAUGGAGUUUACCGGAAAUAUCUUCGGCUAUGCGUCGUCGGUUUGGAUUGAUUAUUUCUGCUCCUUUAUCGACUCCGACCUCGCAUGGCGCACACCUCUUUUCCUUCAAUGCGUAAUCGGUGCUAUACUGGCAGCAGGAUCCCUCCUGAUGCCUGAGAGCCCCAGGUGGCUCAUCGAUGUCGACCGCGACGCGGAAGGCAUGCGGGUUUUGGCAGACCUGCACGGCGGAGAUCCUGAAGAUGUCAUAGCUAAAGCUGAAUAUCAAGAAAUCAAGGAUAGAGUCAUAGCUGAGCGUGAAUCCGGCGAAGGCCGUUCUUAUGCCACAAUGUGGAGGAAAUACAAGCGCCGUGUCUUGCUUGCGAUGUCUUCUCAAGCAUUUGCACAACUGAAUGGAAUAAAUGUUAUCUCAUACUACGCUCCGAGAGUCUUCGAAGAGGCGGGCUGGUUGGGACGGGAUGCUAUUUUAAUGACAGGAAUCAAUUCGAUAUUCUACAUUGCCAGCACAAUUCCUACGUGGUGGUUGGUAGAUCGGUGGGGAAGGCGACCUAUCCUACUUUCCGGCGCUGUGCUCACUGGCCUAGCGCUGGUUGCUACUGGCUGGUGGAUGUACAUUGAUGUGCCGGAAACGCCUCGCGCAGUUGUCAUCUGCGUUAUCAUCUACAAUGCUGCCUUCGGCUACAGCUGGGGUCCCUUGCCGUGGUUGUACCCUCCCGAGAUCAUGCCUUUAACUGUGCGAGCUAAGGGUGUCUCUAUAUCUACCGCAACGAACUGGGCUUUCAACUUCAUUGUCGGAGAGGCAACACCCAUCCUUCAAGAGCUCAUUGCGUGGCGACUGUAUCCCAUGCACGGUUCAUUCUGUGCAUGCAGCUUCGUUGUCGUAUAUUUCCUGUACCCUGAGACCAUGGGUGUGCCGCUGGAGGAAAUGGAUGCAGUCUUCGGCGAAGAGGAGUUGGAAGAGGCGCUGGACAAUGAGUCGGAGCGCGCUUCCCUCGUGAACAAUACCUUGCCAACGAACCACCAGUCAAUCAGUCCUCCACGGAAGAGAUCCCCUGGACGACGAGGAUGGGUCAGCCGUCUCAUUGGUCAGUCAGACCACCGAGCUUCAUACGAACCCAUCCGGGACGGCGAAGAAUAGGAACUCGCGAGGAUGGAUGGUCGCGGUUCCGAGGAAGGCAACGGUGCCUCAGAGCAAUGAUUGUGCUGAUCGUAAGUUGGGGUAGCAUGUCGUGCGUCGCUGAUUAUGCGCCUUGGCGGGUGCCCACUGGUGGGUGUCCUCGUCAUCCCCCGAACCUUCCUUGGCUUCGCCCUUUCAUCCUCAGCCACACCUCUACCCUACUGAUCAGCAUAACUACUUACGGCCACAUUUCUAAAACUCAUUGUUUCUUAGAUACAUUACCAACCUCCCCAUUGUAUAUCCAACAUUCUAACGACAUGUCAUGAUUUCUGAUUUGAUUCGCAAACUUUAUGCUGUGCCGGAAAUUUUCGUCCUUUUUCC